CGGAGCCUGACUCUACAGUGUGACCGCAGUCUGGGUAUUCGUUUUACGUUUACCUAAUAUUUAUCCGGGUGCCCGACGGGGACCAAGAUUAAUAGAUAAAAUCGUGGCGGGGACGGGUACACAAUUCCCAAUUUUGAUAACAACCGAUAACAGCGAAUCUGUUAUUUCUGUUUCGACUUCGAAGUUCGAGUAGCCGUUGCAACUAAAUUUUAUCUGUACUCCUGUGUUUCUAUCUUUCUAGUUUUUAGUUUCCAUCUACGUCCGUGUGACCACUCUCUUAGCCUUGCUUUUGUUUUGCUCUUUAAUUUUCUGGUUUGUUGAGUGUAGUUCCUGAAUUUACGUCGGACGUGUUAAUUGCUACUUCAUCAGAAACAUGCUGUCAACAAUCAGUUCAUUCGAAACCCGUAACAAGAGACAAAUUCUUUCAUCAGAUAUUGAUUAUUAUAAUAAAUAUGUAUGUACUAGUUCUGCUGAUGGUGUUAUUCACAUUUUCGAAAGUGACAAACCAGAUAUGUAUUCAGCGAUUCAAUUACAAGAACAUGUUGGACCUGUAUGGCAAGUAAUGUUUUCACAUCCAAAAUUUGGAUUUUUAGCAUCAUGUGGAUCAGAUUGUAAAUUAAUUGUACGUAAAACUAAUGAUGAUGGUGAGUGGAAGAUUGUAUAUCAAUAUGAUGGACACAAAUCAUCAACAACUUCUAUUGAUUGGGCACCAUAUAAAUCUGGAGCAAUCAUAGCUUGUUCUAGUGCUGAUGGUACUAUUUCAAUUCAUACACUAAACAAUAAUGAAUGGUCUGUGUCAAAGAUCCCAAAUGCUCAUUUAAAUGGUGUUAACUGCAUCAGUUGGUCAAAUCAAUUACUAAAUAAUCAUUUGCUAUUAGUUAGUGGAGGAAAUGAUAAUAAGAUCAAAAUAUGGGAAGGUCAAUUAGGUAUGUGGAACGCUAUGUAUGAAUCAGACAAUCAAUUAGCUACUAUCAAAGACAUAAGUUGGAAUCCAACUCCUGGUCUGUACAAACAUAUAUUUGCUAGCUGUGCCUCAAAUGGUCGAGUUUUUGUAUGGGGAAGUGACGAUUGUUGUGAUUGGGUACAAAUAGAGAUUGACCCUGAAAACAAACAAAAACAAAAAGUUAGUUUUUCUCGUUUUGGAACAGUAUUGUCUGUUACAAUGAAUAGUUAUGCUGUGAAACUUUGGAAACAGAUUGAUAAACAAACUUGGAUGUGUAUGGAGAGAAAUAUUACAAACAGAAAAACAUUAGAUUGUCAAGACAAAAGUGUUAAUCAAGAUAUAUUUGCUGCUAUUGCUUAGAUGUGAUUUAAAUAUAUUAGUUUUUUAAAAAUAUAUUAAAUUUCAACAUACAUCUUAGACGAAUUGACUGCUAUUAUUAUUUAAUUAAAAUUUUGUAUUGAGUAAGAAAAUAAUUUUAAACAAAAUGUAUAUAAGUAUUUUAUAAGUUUAUUAAUUAAAUUAAAAUGUUUUAUUUUAAAAAAUUGAAUUUAUUUUAUUUUUAAUAGAAGUUAUACUAUUAUUUAUCAUAUUAAAAAUAAAUAAUAAUGUACCAUUUUGACAAAGUGAAUUUUGGAUAAAAAUGACUGGUUGUUGUUGUGGUAGUAAUAUGAAAUCACUACAAUGAUAUUAUAUUUUUCAAAAAAGAUACUUUAUUUUAUAUAAUCUUCUACAAAGAAGAUGCACCUAACCACAUCAAUCUAUCUAAUAAAUAUUGAAAUAUAUCUCUUAAAAGUACAACAUAUAAAAUUAAAGUAAUUAUAUGUAUAUUCCCAUGAUUUUAUGUAAAAAUGAAAAUAAUUAUUUAUAAUAAAUUAAUAAUGUAACGAAA